AUGUUGCUUUGUGAUUCGGAGGCUACUACCUUGGCUACAGAGUUUCGGCCAACAGGGCCUCGUCCACCUUCAAAGGACUUUGGUAUAUGGGCUUCGGAAGCUCCUCAAGAGAAUCAUCCAGAGGUCCUUUCGUCACGCAAUUUUGAAAGGUUUAGAUUUCCAUUGCUAAGACUUAAAGGCACGCACAUUGGAACCAGUUUCAGUCCACAGAGCACUACUAAAGCACAUCGAAAAAUUCGACCGUUGAGACUUCUUUCUCCCUCCGCCCUCCUCUCUCACUGCUCUCUGAAAACCCCAAAAAUUCCUACUGUACUCUUUUCUCCGCACAUUUUUUCUCUGUUUUAUCCAGUUUUUGCAAUGGGGAAACGUAUAUCUUCCAACGAAUCUUCCGACCGCGAAAGAAAAUGGGAUAAAGUUUUCAAUGCUUUAGUGAAAAUGUCGCAGAAUCUACAAAAAGAAAGAGAAAUUCUUGAAGAUCGAGUUAAAUUUUUGCACGAUCUAAUCUUCCAGAUGAAGAUAGAGCAGAAGGUGGAGUCGGUGAAAGCGGAAUUGAUGAUGGGUUUGAAAGAGAGGGAGGCUUUUAUUUUCAAGCAUAAAUAUGAAGAUACCGACACUGAAUUAUCAGACUUCAGAGAAUGGUUUGACUACCUUUCUGAGAAAUGUGCUGAGCCAAAGGCUAUAUCAGAUGGUGCUAGUACUGCAAGAGAAGUCCGUGGAAAUAUGGCAUUGCAAAAUGAAAUGAGGAGGCUGAGAGGUGAAAUCGAGAAAUGUAAUUCGGAAAAGGACUCGGAGGUUUCUGCUCUAUUGGCAGAGAAGAAUUUUAUAUGGAACCAGUACAAAACAAUGGAGACUGAUUUCACAGAUCAGUUGAGGAGAAAAUGUGCCGAAGUUGAAUAUUCAAAUGGGAAAAUAAAAGCACUUGGGAGCAAAAUGGAGGAAUUACAGUUUUCUAAUGAAAAGUUAAGAACUGACCUUGCCAUGUUGGAAUCUGACUCGAACAAGAAGAGUGAAGAAAUUUCUAGACUUUCGAAAGAAAUAGAACUCAUAAAGUCCAGAUCAGGGUCUGCAACGCCGGCAUUACGGCGCUGCAGGGAGGAAACAGGGACGUUGAAGAACAGUAGCAUGGAAGGAAGGGCUAUAACGGUGAAAAAAGAAUUAUAUUCUUCACAAACCCUUGAAAAGUUAGCACCUUCGAAGCCAACUGCUCGCAAGUCAACUGGAGGAAAAGCUCCAAAGAAGCAACUUGCUAUUAAGGGAAGUAGCAGUUCAAAGAGAAAAGCUGAUGUGAUCACCAUCCCAGAUACUCCCAAAUUGUUUACGUCCUCAUUUAAAGUCCCCAAAUUGAAGAAUUGAUCCACCAACUUGCUUAUUUUGAUUGAAUGAUUCCAUACUAAUUUGUGUAUAAUUUGUACUAGCAAGUGUAUUUAGUUAUGUCCUGCAAUUCAUGUUGGGCCGAGAAUGUCAUCUUUAGUAUUUACAUAUGUAAAUUUACUAUUUGUAAUUUUAAAUUUUGUAAGGGAAAAUUGCAGCCGAGGUACCAAACCUUUCAUUUA